ACGCACGCACGCGGCCGCAGCUGGCCAAUUUACCGCGCAUCAAUCCAGACACGCGCUUCUUUUUUGGGCUCCAUUUUGGCUCCUCCAGCCCAGGGGAUGCAGCGGCGGAAGAGUCAGUCGGUUCACCAACAUCCUGCAGGAGUCAACUCUUUCUUUUUUGGGGGGGAUGUGGAUCCCACCACUGAUGCACUCCUCCUCCUCCUCCGCCUCCUGCUCCCCCCAUUUUCGUGCUGCCCUCCUCCCCAUCACCCCCUCCCUCCCUCCCUCCCGCUCAUUUUUUAUGCAUUUUUCCUAACUGUCAUGGCGAUUUUGUGUCCUUGGAAAUAAGCAGCAGCAGCAGCAAGCGGAGGCGGCGGCGGCUUUUCGCGUUGACCGGGCCGAGGGAGGCGGACGUCUCUCCGGGCUGAGCGGAGAGGGAGCGUGGCUGCGGCCGCCGGAGCAGUCAUAACGACCCUCCGGGGGAAAACCAUAACUACAAUGUGGGCCGCAACGACAAUGAGUUUGACACCCCUGCUUUAAGAUGCAGUGACGACGUAGAAAAUGAAGAUCCACAAGAAGGACAAGCAACAGCAGAUGUUGGGUGGCCUCCUGAAGCACACGUCGCCAUCUUCGGGCUCAUCAGCUUCGUCGGCGUCGCCGGAGCAGAACAGCGACGUGCAGACUUCGCUGUCCACCAUCCCCAGGGGCCACCUUCUGGUGGGCUCCAAAGACCAGCUCCGACUUCUGGCCCCUGUGGGCGGCCUGUCCAACCACUGCAAGGCCCCCGCUCUGGUGGUGGCAGCGGCGGCUCCACGGCCCCCCUCCUCCCUAAGUGAAGAGGACGACGGCGGCGGCGGCGGUGGCGGUGGCGGCAGGGUGAGGAAGAAACGCAAGAAGAAGGACAAACGAGAACGGGAAGAGGGCGGAGACCAGGCCUCGGUUAAGAAGCGCAAGCAUGCCAAGGAGGCGCCUGUCACCACCCUACUUCCGAAUAAGAGGACGGAGCGCAGGAGUAAGGGGAGGGUGGAUGCCGCCCCAGACGCUCAAGCUGAGCUCAAGCAGGCCACCAGGCGGAAAAACACCUGUGCCCCCAACCCCCCCAUGCCGGUUCCUUCAGAGGUGCCCGUUAAGGUGCCUGGAAAACGAGGGAGGAAACCCAAGAUCAAAAUCCUGCCCCCUCUUCCUCCUCAUCAAGCCACACCACCUCCUGCCUCAGCCCUGCCUGUCAGGCCACAAGCCUCGCUCCCCAAGAACCACAACCAAGCCGCCCUCAAACCCGGCCUCAACUCGGUGCCCAAGCAGAGGGGCCGCAAACCCAGAGAUCCUGGCGCCGCCCCGAUGGAGAGGAAGAAAAAGGCCAAGAGAAGAAAGCAGACGAUGGCACUCCCCGAUGGGGCAGAGAGCGACGACACCACCUCACUGUCCAUCAACACGGGCGGAGAGGACAGUCAGGACCCCCUGGACAACACGAAGCGGCGCUCGGGCCGUCAAGUGAAACGCAGGAAGUACAACGAGGAUUUGGACCUGAAGGUGGUGGACGACGAUGGGGAGACUAUCGCUGUCCUUGGAGCGGGACGCAUCGCAGCGCUCAAUGCUACGGCGCUGGCCUGGCAAGCCGAGGAGCCGCCCGAGGACGAGGCCAACAUCAUCGAGAAAAUCCUGUCGGUGCGACCAGUCAAGAAGGAGACAUCGUCUUUAUCAGAGGAGCAAGCCGAGGAGACGGAAGAAUUUUACGUUAAGUACCGAAACUUCUCCUACCUGCACUGCAAAUGGGCUACGCUUGGCGAACUGGAAAAAGAUCCCAGAAUUCACCAGAAGAUCAAGCGCUUCAGGACCAAGCGGGCGCAGAUGAAACACCUCUUCAGCGAGCCUGACGAAGAUUUAUUUAAUCCCGACUACGUGGAGGUGGACAGGGUGUUGGAGGUGGCCGUUACCACGGACACGGAGACUGGAGAGGAGGUGACGCACUACUUGGUGAAGUGGUGCAGCUUGUCCUACGAGGAGGCCACAUGGGAACUUCAGGAGGACUUGGACCCGGAGAAAAUCAAAGAGUUUGAGGAGAUUCAAAAGCUGCCGCCAGACUUGCGACAUGUGGAGCGUCCUCCCCCUGACAAGUGGCAGAAGUUGGAGCGCUCGCGAGAUUACCGGAAUGGAAACCAGCUGAGAGAGUACCAGCUGGAGGGCAUGAAUUGGUUGCUCUUCAACUGGUACAACAGGAAGAACUGCAUCCUGGCAGACGAGAUGGGCCUGGGCAAGACCAUCCAGUCCAUCACCUUCCUGUACGAGAUGUUCAGCAUGGGCAUCCGGGGGCCCUUCCUGAUCAUCGCGCCCCUCUCCACCAUCACCAACUGGGAGCGCGAGUUCCGCACGUGGACGCGCAUGAAUGUCAUCGUAUACCACGGCUCGCAGAUCAGCCGCCAGAUGAUCCUGCAGUAUGAGAUGUUCCAUCGCGAUGCUCAGGGCAACACGGCGCCGACUGUGCUGAAGUUCCACGGGCUGAUCACCACCUUCGAGAUGGUAAUGGCCGACUGCCCCGAGCUGAAGAAGCUGCAUUGGCGCUGCGUGGUCAUCGACGAGGCGCACCGCCUGAAGAACAGGAACUGCAAGCUGCUGGAGGGACUCAAACUCAUGAACUUGGAGCACAAGGUUCUGCUGACGGGAACGCCGUUGCAGAACUCAGUGGAGGAGUUGUUCAGCCUGCUCAACUUCCUGGAGCCGCUGCAGUUCCCCUCGGAGAGCGCCUUCCUUGAUGAGUUUGGGGACCUGAAAACCGAGGAGCAGGUGAAGAAGCUUCAGGCCAUCUUGAAGCCCAUGAUGCUAAGGAGGCUGAAGGACGACGUGGAGAAGAACCUGGCCCCCAAAGAGGAGACCAUCAUUGAAGUGGAGCUGACCAACAUGCAGAAGAAGUACUACAGGGCCAUCCUGGAGAAGAAUUUCUCCUUCCUGUCCAAAGGAGCCAACCAGCACAACAUGCCCAACCUCAUUAACACUAUGAUGGAGCUGCGCAAGUGCUGCAACCAUCCUUACCUGAUCACCGGUGCCGAGGAGAAGAUCGUGGAGAGCUUCCGCAAGAGUCACGGGGUGGACACGUGCGACCUGCAGCUGCAGGCCAUGAUCCAGGCGGCGGGCAAGCUGGUGCUCAUUGACAAGCUGCUGCCCAAACUGCUGAGCGGCGGACAUAAAGUCCUGGUCUUCUCCCAAAUGGUCCGCUGCCUCGACAUCCUCGAGGACUACCUCAUACAGAGGCGCUACACGUACGAGCGCAUCGACGGGCGCGUCCGCGGGAACCUGCGUCAGGCGGCCAUCGACCGCUUCUGCAAGCCGGACUCGGACCGCUUUGUCUUCCUGCUGUGCACGAGGGCGGGGGGUCUGGGCAUCAACCUGACGGCUGCGGACACCUGCAUCAUCUUCGACUCGGACUGGAACCCGCAGAAUGACCUACAGGCUCAGGCGCGCUGCCACCGCAUCGGCCAGAGCAAGGCCGUCAAAGUGUACCGCCUCAUUACCAGGAACUCGUAUGAGCGGGAGAUGUUCGACAAGGCCAGCCUCAAACUGGGCCUUGACAAGGCCGUCCUCCAGGACAUCAACCGCAAGGGCGGCCUCAAUGGGGUGCAGCAGCUGUCCAAGCUGGAGCUGGAGGACUUGCUGAAGAAAGGCGCCUAUGGCGCUCUGAUGGACGAAGAGGACGAAGGCUCCAAGUUCUGCGAGGAAGACAUUGACCAGAUCCUGCAGAGACGCACACAGACCAUCACCAUCCAGACUGAGGGCAAAGGGUCCACAUUUGCCAAGGCCAGCUUUAUCUCCUCGGGUAACCGCACCGACAUAUCUCUGGAUGACCCCAACUUCUGGCAGAAAUGGGCCAAGAUAGCCGAAGUGGAGAUUGACUCCAAAUCGGAGAAGGAGUCGCUGGUGAUCGACACGCCCCGUGUUCGGAAGCAGACGCGACACUACAACUCCUUCGAGGACGAUGAGCUGAUGGAGUUCUCGGAGCUGGACAGCGACUCGGAGGAGAAGCCGUGCCGCACCCGACGCCUGGGAGAGCGCACUCGCCGCUACCUGCGCGCCGAGUGCUUCCGCGUGGAGAAGAACCUGCUCAUCUUUGGGUGGGGCCGCUGGAAGGACAUCCUCAACCAUGGUCGCUUCAAGUGGCACCUGACCGAGAGAGACAUGGAGGCCAUUUGCAGGGCUUUGCUGGUUUAUUGCCUGAAGCACUACAAAGGUGACGAUAAGAUCAAGAGCUUCAUCUGGGACCUGAUCUCCCCCAGUAAGGAGGGCCAGGACCAGGACCAGGAGCUGCUCAAUCACUCCGGUCUGUCCGCUCCGGUUCCUCGCGGACGCAAGGGCAACAAAAUCAAGAGUCCGUUGAGUGUUCCUGAGCUGAAGAAUGCCGACUGGCUGGCCCACUGCAACCCUGAAGUCGUUCUGCAGGACGACAGCUACAAGAAACACCUGAAACAACACUGCAACAAGGUUCUGUUGAGGGUGAGAAUGUUGUACUACCUGAAGGUGGAGGUUCUGGGUGAAGCAGCCAAUCAAGCUCUGGAGGGCACGGCUGCCAGCAAACUGGAUGUGUCACUGCCCGACAUCGACUACAUCGAGAUCCCGGCGUCGUGGUGGGACGCAGAGGCGGAUAAGUCUCUGCUUGUAGGCGUCCACAAGCACGGCUACGAGCGCUACAAUGCCAUGCGCGCCGACACCGACUUGUGCUUCCUGGAGAGGGUCGGCAUGCCCGACGUCACCGCGCUCUCGGCCGAGCAGGGAUCAGGAGAGGCGGCCGCCGAUGUCACUGACAGUGUUGCAAAAGCGGAAGACGUCAGCGAGAGCACAAACAGUAAAAGUGAAGGCGAUGACCGAGACGACAACAGCAAGGGAGAAGAGAGCUGCUUGAGCACUGAUGCAUCCGACAAACCGGACAAUGGCGCUGCGUCAGACUCGCACGUGUCGGCGGCCGACUUGUGCGCCCAGGACGCCACGCUGGUGACAACCACGUUCGGUGCGGGGUCGGGAAGCGGCACGGGUGUGGCGGCCCUGCAUGUGGUCCACGCACGUCCCCUUUGGCCCGCCGGACCGGCACUGACGGCCCGCCUGCGCCGCCUCAUCACCGCCUAUCAGCGCUUCACGCUGCGCCGCGAGCCCCUUCUGCGCCCCGAUUUCCUGCUUCACGACAGCCUGGCAGGUCUUGGAGUGGCGGGCGGCGGCGGGACAGGCGGUGCCCCUCUCGUGCACCAUGUUGGGGGAACGCUGGCCUGGCAGCUGGGCGAGGAGUUGAGGCGCUGCACCGCCAGCCAUGCCGAAUCGGACGCCGUUUUUCUGGAGUGGCAGAGAAGAUGGAGCCGGCGCGAACAGAUGGACUUCUACCGCACCGUGUCGUCCUUUGGCGUGGCCUUCGAUCCUGAGAGGAAAGCCUUCGACUGGUCGCAGUUUCGUGUACUGGCGCGGCUAGAGAGGAAGACGGAUGACAGCCUGGAAAGAUACUUCAACUCCUUCGUUAGCAUGUGCCGCGCCGCCUGCAAGCUGCCGCCCAGGAAGGAAGAAGGUUUGACAGACACCGCCAUUCCGGUGGAGCCUCUGACGGAAGAGCGAGCUGCUCGGACCUUGUACCGCAUCGAGCUUCUCCGCAAGAUCCGCGAGCAGGUCCUCCGCCACCCGCUGCUGUCGGCCCGCCUGCAGCUCUGCCGCCCGUCACUCUACCUCCCUGUGUGGUGGGAGUCGGGAAAGCACGACCGUGACCUCCUGGUGGGGGCAGCGAGACACGGCUUGAGUCGAACCGACUUCUAUAUACUCAACGACCCGCAGCUCAGCUUCCUUGAGGCCCACCGCAACUACGUGAGGGGACACCAUGCCACGCAUCUUCACAGGCUGCCGCCCCCCCACUAUUGCCUGUACGAUGGCCCCCAACCUCCAGAAUACCCCCAGCAGCCCUCCCAGCAGGUCGCACCUUCCUCGGCUCCCUCCUCUUCGUCCUCGUCCUCUUCCCACCUCCAAGCUCCACCUCCGCCCCCAUUGGAUGAAGCGAACUCUCCGGGCCUGGGAAUGGUUUCCGCCGCUCGGGGAGACUUCCUGGACUGCCCCCCGCUGGAAGAGAGCCUAGCCGACCUGGACCCCAUGUCUGCGGAGGCGCUGAAUGGGGGCAAGGCCUCUAAGGACACCCUGAAUGGUUUCCCUUUCAACUCGGCGGCUGGUGGUCAGAGCAUGCUCAACUCGUAUGGCCGAUUGGGGGGUGCCGACCUCCGCUCUGAGCUGAGGAGCGACGUGCUGGUUGGUGAGCAGGGAUCGUCUGAGGAGACCGGGCUGUUGCCGCCGUCCAUGGAGCUGGAUCAGCUGCAGGCGCCCUGGGACAGCGCCGACCACUCCAGCCCCGCUCACCACAUGUUCAACGAGUCCGACCCGAUCCUGGGUCCGACUGGAUUCCUGGAGGAAGAGGACGAGGAGGCUCCACGGGGCGACGGCGGCAGCGGGGACGGAACACUGGAGGAGUGUCUGGGUCUCCCUCCCUCGUCUUCGCCCUCUCACCCGUCGGCUGCAGACUCUGUGGAAUCAUCCAGCUUCAUGCUCUUUAAGGACAUUGGCGUGAGCGAAGAAGCCGGCGUGGACCAAAGUGACCUGGCGGCGAGUCCCCUGCCGCCCUACAUUCCCCCACACCCUCCACUUUCUCCCACCGAUAUCACGGGCCACCAGGAUGAUGUCAAAAGGCAGAAUGCGGGCGGAGGCGGAGACAGCUUCAAGUUUGACACCAAGGGUCAAGACGUGAGCAUGGAAAAAGGCGGCAUUCUACUUGAGGACCGAUGUGAUGCGCAUGAAGCUGUUCUUCCAGGGCUGCGUUUGCCUUUGGACUUGGCACAGAUUAGCGCCGGUGAGCCCCCGUCGUCAGCACUGAGGAGCCCGGAGGACGGCAUGGAAGUCCCAAACCAGCUUUGUCCGGACCUCAUGUGUCCCAUGGAGGAGGUGGACAACUUGAUGUUUGCGGAGGAAGAGGAGGAGGACGACGAGGAGCGGACCAGCGUGGCUGAGUUGAUGGUCGAGGCUCCCGGAGAGCUUCUCCAAGGCGACGGACAUCAGAACGAAGAGCCCGUUACUGACCGGAUGGUGGACCAGUUCUGUCUUGUGGACGGCACCGCAGCGGACCGCCAGGACGAGCCAGUGGGCCUCCCCUCGGAGGAGAAACCGGAUCUCCGGAUCAAGACCGAAGACAGGGACCCUGAGACUAGCUUCGUCAAGUCAGAAGAUGUUGCCGCUGAAUCGGAUAAAGCUGAUUGCAAAAGUGAAUCUGUUGAGACGGAGAUCCGUCCCUUUAAACGGGAAAUUCUCAGAACCACGGCCGAGGAAACCAAGCCAGACAGUCUGGACUUGAGUGGAGUCAAGAUGGAGAGUGGGCGGGACUUUUUGGAGGCCAAGACGGAGCAGGUGGGCCUCACUGUGGAUCUCAGUGGUCAGCCCAGGGAUGAGGACACAUCCUCCUCGCCAGUGGCGACUGUGGAGGACUAUUCUGGAAGUCCUGGCUUCACGGCUCCCUUUUCCGUGUGUGAGCCUCCCGAAAUCCACGAUGCCCGGGAGCCCACCAUUGCUCAGCUGCUCCAGGAGAAAGCGCUUUACUCCUACUCUGACUGGCCCAAGGACCGCGUGAUCAUCAAUCGUCUGGACAGUAUCUGCCACGCCAUCCUGAAGGGGAAAUGGCCUUCGGCCAGCGACCAGUAUGACUUGCCAGCCUCCGUCUGCACCAACCACUUGGCCCAGCAACACCUCCAGCGGACCGCUUUCAUCCCCGGUACCGCCUCCUGCACCUCCUCAUCCUCCUCUUCUUCCUCCUCGUGCUCGUCCUCCUCUGGCCAGGCCAGGAUCCAGCAGGCCAAUCCGGGCCUGGCCUUCCCCAUCAUUCCACCUCCUCUCACCAGGCUGCCCAAGUAUUCGGGACGGGGCGGCGGCCGCGGCGCUUGGCGCCUCACUUCCCUCCCUCUCUUACAGGAGAGACUGGUGGCGCCCGCCUUCCUACCCGAACUCAAACGUGCCGCAGGACGGCGCUCCUUUGACUACGAAGCGGCGGCAGUGGCGGCCGCAAAGGCCUUAGCAGGGAAGGCGGUGACGGUGCCGUCCUCGGGCAGGACCCCCGGUGGGGACGCAUCAGCCAACCAGCGGGCUGGUGCCCUGUUGAUGAACGGUUGGCAGGAGGCGGCCAUGGAUCUUAGCAAAUCGCCGGGCGACUCGGUCGCUUCUGGGUCAGGGGACGCUGCCCGCAAGCUUCCGCCGCCCAUUACGGCGCCCCUGGCGGGCUCUCCGGGAAUGGACAUGGCAGGAAUCCUGCAGGCUGGACUCAUCCACCCCGUGACUGGACAAAUUGUUAACGGGAGUCUGAGGGGAGAUGAUUGCCUGAGGAGGAGACGGGGACGAAGGAGAAACGUCGAGGCCCUCUACUCAGAAUUCACCAAAGCUCAAGCCAUGCACCUCCCUGACACAGCACAGGGUGGCGUGGAGGCUCUGAGCCAGUCGUCGGUGUCGUCCUCCACGUCGUCUCCGUCUCCCUCGUCCUCGGAACGUCCGGUGGCACCACCCACCCCCUCGUCCACGCCCACCUCGGCACCCACGCCGUCCCACCCAGAAGUGGCGGCCAUGGAGCGGGAGGUGGCCGCCAGCAAAGGUUUGAUGGAGUGGCUGCGGCAUAAACCGGGAUACAGCUUGGACCUCCCUUUUGCUCACGUUGGCGCGGGGGUGUUGCACGGUUUGGUGGAGCGGCCCAAGCAGCGGCGCCAUCGCUGCAAAGAUCCCACGAAGCUGGACGUCAACUCCUUGACAGGAGAGGAGCGCGUGCCCGUCGUGCACCGCGGCACGGGACGCCGGCUGGGUGGUGCUAUGGCUCCAGCCAUCAAGGAGCUGUCCCGCUGGUUGGACGCCAACUCGGAGUAUUUUGUGGCUCCAGACUGGGCGGACGUGGUCAAACAUUCCGGAUUCCUCCCGGAGGGGAAGUUCUCCCGCAUCCUGACGGAACCAGUCAACAGAGACCCUUCGUCGCGCCGCCGCGGGCGCCGCCCUCGCAGCGAGAUGCCCAAGCCCCUCUUGUCGGACGCCUCGGGCCUCCCGGCGCCCAUCUUCAUGAACGGCACCCUGAUGGGCGGCGUCGAUUCCAUGGUGGCCAUGCAGAACCUGCGCGGCGGAAUGUCCGGCAUCCCCAUCAUGGCGGCGGGUUUCCCGCACGUUUUCCCGGCGGGCGUCGGCGGGACGUCGGCAGAGGACGCAAGCAAGAAUGGCUUGAGUAUGUUACCCAUGAUGCUGCACGGCAUGCCGCCACCACCCCACGGGUCCGCCGUCCAGCAGCACGCCCUCUUCAGCGUCAUGCCUCUACAUACUGCCUCCUCCGCUUCGUCGUCACCUAAAGUCACCACCACCGUUAGCGAGGCGGGCGGCGGCACGUCGGACGCGCCGGCCGAGGCUGCUUCUGCGCCUCCCGGGGGCCAGAAUAAAUCUGACCCGCAUCCCGGCGGGCAUCUGACGUUCAACCCUUUCCUGAUACCCGGCAUGUCACACGGCCUCCUCUACCCGCACAUGUUUCUGCCGCAUGGUGGAAUCAUGGCGCUACCCUCUUCUAAUGACGGCUCCCCGGGGAGCCCCAAGAGGAGGCGGCGGCGAGAGCGGGACGAGUCCGAUCGGGCGCCCCGGUGUCAGGAACCGGAUUCGCACAAGGAGCCGGAGCCACGCCAGGAGUCAGAAACCGAAUGCCGUCAGGAGUCGGAACAUUCUGAGGACCUGGACUGGCGCAAGGAGCUGCAAGAGGGGCUGGAACGGGAGCCGGAGCGCUGCAAAGAGUCGCAGCAGCGGCCGAGCCAGCAGGAGGCCAAGCGGAGCCAAAGUACAGUGGACCCUUCGUUUUUGGUGCCCUCGCUGGCGUCCGCACAGGAAGGGGACUGCCAUCGGCAGCCUGCAGGGGCACCGCCGGACCCACAAAGAGUCGGAAGACAGGAGCAGGACGUGUAAAGGUGCAGCAAGGAAACACUUGAGUGUAACGUUUGUGCCGUGUCUGUCCGUCUGUCAGUCGUUUGACUUGAAUCCCUCUUCGUCUUCUGCUUCUGACAAGGAUGAUGACUUCACAUGUUUGUAUCGCAGGACCCCACCCCCCCCCCCAAGCGCCCCUCUGAGACAUUUCCUCUUCUCUGGUUUUGUUGUGUGCUAAGCUCCUGUGAAGUGUCCACAUUCAGAUGGGCUCCCCGGGGCGCACACUUCACAUUUCCACUUCAUCUUUUCAAUGUUGAAAAACUACCCCUUGCGACAAAAGCAAAGCAGAGAACAAUCAUGAUGCACAUGUUGUUUUUAGAUUUUUCUUUUUUUUAACCAAUUUUUGGGACGGAGAGCAUCAUGAAGGAGAUGUAUGCUUCUUAAAAAUGCACACGCAGUCACUUUCUUACUGUCAAGUGUUAGAGCCACACUCAAAAGAAAAAAAAACCCCUCCUGUACCAAAAUGGAAAAAAAAAAACUACCCCCAAAAGAAAAAAAUAAACACGCACUAUAUGAUGUGUUUUCACAAAAUCAGGCGUAUGUCGCGCUGACUCAAAGGCUGCAAACGGUGAAUCCCCCCCCAAAAAAGUGACUGAAAUUAUUUUUUGUUUCUCCCGUCAUAUAAAAGAUAAGCUUGUUUUGAAACGACGCUCAACCGCGGAGGACUGAAAGUACAUUUCUAAAAUUUACUAAAAAGCUUCGUGACGGAGUGGUCGCUCUAUAGCUGUGAGUGCCACGGGGAUGGCGGGGGGAGAGAGGGAGGGAGGGAGGGAGACAGAGGACAGCUUUGUGACUCGCCGUUGCCGAGCCAGGCAAGGAAAAAACAAAGCGAAAGACGGACAGACGACCUUCAUCGAUUCGAUGUUGCAAUCGUUUAACCUCGCCGAAUGUUACGGUUUCAAUUUUCAAAUCGCCGGCACACUACAGAGAGGGAUUCCUUCGUGUUGAAAAAGUCACUAGUUUGGCACCAGCUGCGAGCUAUUAACACCCACGUCAAGACACUUUUUAAGAAUGAGGGUAUUUUUCCUCCAGAUGGCGUCCCAGUAGCUUGCAAUAAAUGGAAACAGGAAGUUUGUACCAAUCCGCAGCUUUCCCCUGGAAAUAUGUCAUGAACUGCCAUGCAUAGAGUCCAUAAAAUGUAUGUCAUAAAAAAAUAAAAAAAAAUUAAAUAAAAUACAAUUUACGUCAUAAGAAUCCCACGAGUGUUUUCUUUCCAUUCAUAAUUUUAAGUGUUCCGGAUUUUGAAAACGUACUUUCUUCCAAAUUUUACAAACUUCUCCUGACAGGGGUGCUUCAAAUCAUCCUAAAUAAAUCGGCGAUUUUUGCUUUGAUUUGCCUGAAACAUGCAUCAUUUUUUUUCCUUAAGGUCUGCUCUCUCUCUCUCCCCAUAAACCAUCCACCAAAUUUUCAUUUUGGCACACUUAAGCCUGGUUUUGUCAAAACACUAAAACAUGUAUUCCAUCUCAAUAAAACAACAAAAAUAAAAUGAUCUUAUCAAAAGAUGUAUGUAUGGAAACACCCCCCCCCCCCCCCCACCCCUCCACUAUUUUUCUUUUAAAUAACUUUGACCUCGUCAUGACAUGACAACAUUUUAAAUGAUUCAAAAACAAAUGUUACUCACACAAGAAGGCUAAGUAUUCCCUUGAUUUUUUUUUUCUUCCAAAAACAACUUGGACUUUAGCGGAGCAGCAAUACAUGAGUGUAUAAUGACACAUGUAUACACUUUCAUUUGACAGGAACAUGGAGGCCAACCCUUGUCACCAACGUGCUUAACUAUCACACACAUGUGUUCAGAGUGUGUGUGUGGAGUGUCAAACUCAAAGCCCGCGGGCCAGAUCUGGCCCGCCACAACAUUUUACCUGGCCCGCGAAAGCAAAUCAAGCAUGUCAAGUUCCAUGAUGCUUGCUAAAGUCUGAACCAAAAUGUCAAAUUGUUCGUUAUUCUUGAUUUCUGAUUGUAAAACUAGGUAUUGAUCAGUUUGUUGUGCGCUGUGUAUGUGAUAUGUGGAGGGGAUUAAACAUUGAUAUUGUUUCCCAAAAUUCACAAAGGCCCUCCAAGGGAAACUGUAACUACAAUGUGGCCCGCGACAAAAAUGAGUUUGAAGAAAAAAAAUACUGUACCCUCAAAAUCCUCAAAAUGUUAUGUUGUCCAUUUGUUUACUUAACAGGAUCCAAUUUUUGUAACAAAAAUCUCUGGGGAGGAAUUGCUUUGAAGGGACCCCUGCAGUUGGCCAAAAAACACCUAAAAUGCCUGCUUCUUAUCAGAAUGACAGACACCUUUUAUGUUGUUUUUUUUUUUCUUUUUUGUGGGUCUGCUCAUGACUGACCUGUCGGCCAAAUUUGAUGUUGCUUGUUCAGUCAAACAGGCUUUGGCAGGUCACUGGAAAUGAUCAACGGGACCUUGAAACGUGCACUUCAAAUCACAAUGACAAUUUUUUUUUUCUGGAAUGGCUUGAGAAUUUUUUUGUGGGCCUACUCUGACGCUACGAAAUUCCAUGUUGCAAGGUCAAACUGGCUUUGGGGGUUGAAUUUCUGUCCCUUGAAAUUGACUAAAAGCCCUAAAAGUAGCAGCUUCUAAUCAAAAUGGCUCCUUCCCGCAGAUCAGCAAGUCCAAAACGUACUCCCCCAAAAUUGAAAAUUUGACACUGUUAAAUUUGGUUGACCUGCAAAGAUCUCGGGGGCAUUUUAGGUGGCUCUGGAAAUUUCACCCCUUAAGCCAAACAGCUGAUUGUGAGUAGUGUAUAUAUGUACAUGUUAUGUAAAGUGUACAGUAACCCUGCUUGAUACUGAGCGCUCCUGCGAAUCCCGAAAAAAUUAACAUUUCCUAUAAGAUGCCUCAAAAUGGCACCAAAGCACUACUUUUCUGUUUCUAAAUGACAAUGCUCUCACUGAGUUCCAUGGCAUCAAGAUGCUAUGAGAUGGCGCCAAUGCACUAUUUGUAUAUGCGAGGAGGCUAAGGCCCGUUUCAGAAAGAGCACAAAACGGCGAAAAGCAAAGUUUGGGAGUGGAAAAUAGAGUACAGGGCAAAAAAAAAAAGGCAAACCUUUUGCAAAAGUGUAAACACGCGUACUGUAUGUAUGUACACACGUGGUGCUGUAUAUUGCUUUUUUUAAUUUUAAUUAUUAUUCCUUUUGGCCUUCUGCUUGCAUCUCAUUGGCUGACUUUGUGUGUGUGUGUGUGUGUGUGUGUGUGUGUGUUGACAGGAAGUAGUGAACAUCCAACAGGGUCACAUUGUUUUUUUUUUAAUGACAUGAAAAAAAACCCAUCAUUUUUGCACAAAGUCCGUGCUGUCGUGUGUGGGAAGAAGACAAAAAAAAAAAAACACUUUUUAGUUGUUGCCUUGCCACAACCUGUUGUGGCGCCAUAUAAUUUAUUAUUAUGAUUAUUAUGAUUAUUAUUACACUUUUUGCUUUGGCCAAAUAUUCUUUUGUCAUAUUAAUCCAAGUAAAAGAAGAAAUAAAGAAAGACGUAUUUCGCCU